UGGACAGGGUGAUAUCAGCAAUGAUAUCAGCAGUUUUCACAGGUACGAUGCUUCUAUUGAAUAAUACUGACACUGGACAGGAUUAUAUCAGCAAUGAUAGCAGCACUGUCUCAGGUACAAUGCUGCUAUUUAAGAGUCCUAAUACUGGACAGGGUGAUAUCGGUAAAUAUAGCAGUAGUUUCACGGGUACAAUAUAUCUAUUUAGUAAUCCUGAUACUGGACAGGAUGAUAUCGGCAGUGUCACAGGUACAAUACAUCUAUUUAGUCAGCCUGAUACUGGACAGGUUGAUAUCAGCGAUGAUAUCCGCAGUGUCACAGGUACAAUGCUUCUCUUUAGUCAUCCUGAUACUGGACAGGUUGAUAUCAGCAAUGAUAUCAGCAGUUUUCACAGGUAAGAUGCUUCUAUUUAGUAAUCCUGACACUGGACAGGAUCAUAUCAGCACUGUCUCAGGUACAGUGCUGCUAUUUAGUAAUCCUGAUGCUGGACAGGAUGAUAUUGGCAAUGAUAUCAGCAGUGUCACAGGAAGUGUGUCCGCCUGUGCAGCGUCCAGCCUCAGUCCCCAGCUGCUGGCCUCCCUGCAGGCCCUCGGAGACAACGCUGACCUCACACUGCUGCCACACUCGCUGCACCAGAUUGCUGAAGCCUGUUCACUCCAAGAGGAUUACCAGUUGGCCCUCCAGCUCCUCCAGUUGGAGAAGACCUACCAUCAACGUGUGCUCCACAACCUCAGAGCCCUGGAGGACAAGUGGGAGAGCCAGUGGAAAGAAAAGAACCCGGACUACAGUCUGCCCACUGAAACAGACGACAGCCAGGAACACAUGACGACUUUAAGACACCUGUGCAGGACACACCUGAAACCAUCCCUCAGUGGGGCAAAGAAACCACUGAAUAUUACACUGGCAGACCUGUGCAACAAGGCGUCCCAGCAGGGAGCAGGAGACGAGGAGGGAAGGAUGGAGUCCAAGUCCGCUGGUCCAAAGGGAGGAGACGUAAAGCAGGAAGACAAGGCCGUGGAGGAGGAGGAGGAGGAGGAUGAAGAGGAGGAGGUGAAGGUGGAAUGGCCAACAGGAGUCCCUCAGGCGUCAGACAAGGACCUGGCCAAGCUCUGCAUUGGAGACACGAGUCUGUCCCCCGAUGGUCUGGUUUCUAUCCUGAAGAGGAGGAGAGCGUCCCUGGAUGGUCUGCCCCCGCCUGGAGACACGGACACCAGCAUCAACCCCAAACGCAAAGUUCGCUUCUCCGAGCCUGAGGACGCAAGUGAACAAGACGAGAUGGCCGGAGACUCCUGCCUGACCCUGAUGCUGCUCUGUCUGGUUACCAUGGUGAUCUCCGUGGGCGGCACCGCCCUCUACUGCUUCCUGGUGGACGAGCACGCCAACAUCUGCUCGGACCUGGCGCUCAACGUGGACUUCCUGGUAGGCCACGUGCGCGUCUUCUUUGAACAACUGCCACACUGGCGGCCUCACGCCACAUAAAACAUCUUCAAGUGCUUCUUGGAGGACUUGGACACCAUGGACUACUUUUAUUGGCCAUCCCACUUUCAGACAUGAGUGGAGAGAACUUUUCCUUAUUUCUCGCAAGGUGCUUACUGCUUUCACUGAUUAUGUGAAUGUCCAAACAUUCACACAAUAUACAGUUCUACACUAAAGAAAGUAUCUAUUAUUAUUAUUAUUAUUAUUUAUUGUAAUUGUAUGAAUGUCCAAACAUUCACACAGUAUACAAUUCUACCCCAAAAAUUCUUCUUCUUCUUCC